CACAGGAAUAACCAUGCCUGAGCCAGUCCCUGCAGCUAAACCAGAGGGGGAGGAUGCACCCCCCCCAGAUGCAGAGUCUGGGUCGACUGAGCUCACUGGGCUUUUCCUCGAGAAGCCUCCGGAGAAUGUGGUCGCUGUCACAGGAUCGGAUGUGACUUUCAUAGCCAAGGUUGACUCGACCACCCUGACAAGAAAACCCACCAUGAAAUGGCUGAAAGGAAAGUGGCUGGACCUUGGCAGCAAGGCUGGGAAACAUAUGCAGUUCAAAGAAACUUAUGACAGAAAUACUAAGGUCUAUACUUAUGAAAUGAAGAUCAUCAAAGUGGUUGUUGGGGAUGCUGGCGGCUACAGGUGCGAGGUGACGUCAAAAGACAAGUGUGACAGCUCCACCUUUGAGAUCUCUGUUGAGGCCGCACACCAGGAGGAGCAUGAGGAUAUUCUGUCUGCCUUCAAGAGAGCGGAUGCUGGAGAGGACGAGGGAGAUCUGGAUUUCAGUGCUCUGCUUAAAGCCACCAAGAGGAAGAAGAAACCUCAGAAAGUGGAACCAGACAUAGAUGUGUGGGAAUUGCUUAAGAAUGCCGAUCCAAGCCAGUAUGAGAAAAUUGCCUUUGACUAUGGCAUCACUGACCUGAGGGGCAUGCUGAAACGUCUGAAAAAGAUGAAAAAGGUCGAGCCCAAGCAUAGCGAGGCUUUCCUGACGAGGCUUGACUCUUGCUAUUCCGUGGAAAAGGGCAAGAGGAUUGUCCUGAAAUGUGAGGUGGUUGAUCCCAAUACCCAGGUGAAAUGGUUGAAGAAUGGCCAGGAGAUCAAACCCUCAGCCAAGUAUGUCAUGGAGGCAAGCGGGAAUGUCAGAACACUUACUAUCAAUAAGACGACCCUGGCUGAUGAUGCUGCAUAUGAGUGUGUGGUUGGCGACGACAAGUGUUUCACAGAGGUGUUCGUCAAAGAGCCCCCUGUGACCAUCACCAAGCUGAUGGAUGACUAUCAUGUGGUUGUGGGAGAGAGAGUGGAGUUUGAGAUCGAGGUGUCGGAGGAGGGUGCCCACGUCAUGUGGUUCUUUGAGGAUAUAGAGCUUCACAGAGACAAAGAUACCAAGUAUCGCUUCAAGAAGGAUGGAAAGAAGCACACACUCGUCAUCCAGGAGGCUACUCUGGAUGACAUCGGAAUGUACCACGCCUGGACAAAUGGAGGGCACACCAAAGGAGAGCUGGAAGUGGAAGAGAAAGAACUGGAGGUGUUGCAGGACAUUGCUGAUCUGACAGUGAAGGCAGCAGAGCAGGCCAUGUUCAAGUGCGAGGUGUCUGAUGAGAAGGUCACCGGAAAGUGGUUCAAAGAUGGAGUGGAGGUCUUGCCAAGUGACCGCAUCAAAAUGUCUCACAUUGGAAGGUUUCACCGGCUGACUAUUGAUGAUGUGAAACCAGACGAUGCUGGAGACUACACAUUUAUUCCUGAUGGAUACGCUCUGUCACUUUCUGCCAAGCUCAACUUCUUGGAAAUUAAGAUCGACUAUGUGCCUAGACAAGAUCCUCCAAAGAUCCACCUGGACACCACUGGAAACAUGGUCUCCCAAAACACGAUCAUCGUGGUGGCGGGCAACAAGCUCCGACUGGAUGUGGAGAUCACAGGAGAACCAGCACCCACUGUUGUCUGGUCAAAAGGAGAUAAAGCAAUCACAGAGACUGAAGGGCGUGUAAGAGUGGAGGCCAGGAAAGACCUGAGCUGCUUCGUCAUAGAGGGGGCAGAGAGGGAAGAUGAGGGCAACUACAACAUCUGUGUCACCAACCCCGUUGGAGAGGACAAGGCCGUGCUGUUUGUGAAGAUUGUGGAUGUGCCUGACCCCCCUAAGCAUGUCAAAUGCAUAUCAGUGGGAGAGGACUGCGCCACCAUGACUUGGGAGCCUCCUAAAUUUGAUGGCGGUGUAGUAGUUAAAGGUUAUCUCAUGGAGAGGAAGAAGAAAGGUUCUUCCAGAUGGACAAAGCUCAACUUUGAUGUAUAUGAAUCGACUACAUAUGAGGCUAAGAGGAUGAUUGAGGGCGUUCUCUAUGAGAUGAGGGUUUUCGCUGUCAACAGCAUCGGCAUGUCUCAGCCCAGCCACAGCUCCAAACCCUUCAUGCCCAUUGCCCCAACUAGCGAGCCAACGCGCCUGACAGUGCAUGACGUGACAGACAGCACAUGCAGCCUGAAGUGGCUUGCCCCAGAGAAGAUUGGAGCCGGAGGCCUGGAUGGCUACGUUAUUGAAUACUGCAAGGAAGGAGACACGGAGUGGGUGGUGGCAAACAAGGACCUUUGUGAGAGACAGGGAUACACCGUGCGUGGCCUCCCCGUGGGAGAAAAGCUCAACUUCAGGGUGGUGGCAGUAAACAUCGCUGGACGCAGUCUUCCUGCUACGCUGGGACAGCCCGUCACUAUCCGAGAGAUCGUCGAACAUCCAAAGAUCCGCCUUCCUCGCAACCUGAGAACAAAGUACAUCAGGAAAGUGGGAGAAAAGAUCAACCUGACCAUCCCCUUCCAGGGUAAGCCACGCCCCGUCGCAACCUGGUAUAAAGACGGCCAACCCCUUGACCCCAAGAUGGUCAACGUCCGUAACUCAAACGUGGACACCAUCCUCUUCAUUCGCCAGGCGGAGAGAGAGCACUCCGGAACAUAUGAGCUGGUUCUCCAGAUUGAGAACUUGGAGGACAGAGCCACCGUCCACAUCAGGAUCGUUGACAAGCCCGGGCCUCCUCAGAAUUUAAGGGUGACAGAUGUCUGGGGCUUCAAUGCCGCACUGGAGUGGGACCCCCCGAAAGAUGAUGGCAACACUGAGAUUACAGGAUACACCAUCCAGAAGGCAGACCUGAAGACCAAAGAAUGGUUCACCGUUUAUGAACAUAACAGACGGCCAAACUGCACAGCUUCAGAUCUGAUCAUGGGCAAUGAAUACCAGUUCCGUGUCUACAGUGAAAACCUCUGCGGCCGGAGCGAUGAGCCACGCUUCAGCAAGAACACGGCUGCCAUUGCCAAGACAGGCCUGGAAAUGAAAGAAAACCCCUACAAGGAGAAAGACAUGAACUGUGUGCCCAAGUUUACUCAGCCCUUGGUUGACAGAUCUGUAGUGGCCGGGUACAGCACUGCCAUCAGUUGCUCCGUCAAAGGCUUCCCCAAGCCUAAGAUUAUCUGGAUGAAGAACAAAAUGAUCAUCGGCGAGGAUCCCAAGUAUUUGAUGCAGAACAACCAAGGAGUGCUGACCCUCAACAUUCGUAAGCCAAGCACCUUCGACGGAGGCAAAUACUCCUGCAUGGCUGUCAAUGAGCUGGGCAAGGAUGAAGUGGAGUGUAAGCUGGACGUCCGAGUGAUGACAAACCCGGACAAGAAGUGAGAAACCGAACAGCAAAGAAUGUGAAAUAAUAUGAACCAAACAGUGAAUGAACA